UUUUUGAAAAGAGGCUAAAAACAGAAGCAAAGAACUUAACUUGAGCAAAAUCUUCUUGUGAAAUAUAGUUGAACUUUUUAUUAAGAAAAAUGUGCUGAAAAAGAGUUGUCAUAUUGUAACAAUGAGAAGAAGUCGAAGCAGAAGUCCUCGCAGAAGAAGAGAGAGAAGUUUUUCUAGGUCUCCAUCGCCAGACUAUCGAUCCUCGAAACAACGUUUGUAUCGCGAACAUGAUCAGAAUAACAGAGAACGAAAACGAUAUUAUCGAGAAGGAUCCCCGGAGGGUAUGCGUGAAAGAUGGAGAGAUGAAAGAGAAAUGAUAGCAGCUAGAGGUGUUAUAGAGGUGUGGGGUUUAUCUCCCAAAAAACCAGAAAGCGACUCAAGCUCUGAAGAAGAAGAAGAUGACAAAGAAUCAAAGCAAAUGAGCUCUAACCAUGCAGCAGAAAACAACAGCAAAAAUGAUAGUCAUAAAAGUGAGAAAAGGAAGAAACGUAAAGAAAAGAAGAAAAAGAAGAAAAAGAAAAUGAAGAAGAAAGAAAAGCAGAAAAGAAGAAAAGAAGAGAGUAAUAAUAGCAAUGAACAUUCUUCAGACUCUGAACAAGGGGGCGAAGAUGAAGAUGACUGGGUAGAAAAAGCAGAAUCAAAGAAUGUGACUGUUGGACCUAUGCCUGUAGUUAUCGCUGAAGUUCAAGAGCCUGGUCUUAAGGACUAUGGACACGCAUUGCUUCCUGGCGAAGGGGAUGCAAUGGCGGAGUAUGUGAAGAUGGGCAAGCGUAUCCCACGGCGUGGAGAAAUUGGUUUGACAAGCAAUGAAAUUGAGCAUUAUGAAACUGCUGGCUAUGUAAUGAGUGGAAGUAGGCAUCGGCGAAUGGAAGCCGUACGUUUGAGAAAAGAAAACCAAGUUUAUAGUGCAGAUGAAAAGCGUGCACUAGCAAUGUUUAACCGAGAAGAACGUUCGAAAAGAGAAAACAAAGUCUUGGCUGACUUCAGAGAGCUGGUACACAAGAAGGUCAGAAAACAGUGACACAGCGACGCUUGGUGGUAUAGUAUACCGCGAUGAUGUCACCAGGGCAUUAAUCCGCUUUAAUCGCAGAUUUGGCUGCCUAAAUAUCCGGAUUCACCCGGACAGUAUCUAUAAGCUCGAUGACACAUCCGGGUAUGAAAUGGGAUCGGACCUAUAAGGUUUUAAAAAAGGCCCAACAGAGUUUCUCGGAAGAAAAAGAAACAUUGUUUCUUUAACUAAAUCUUAUUGUAAGAUUUUGUAAGAUUAUUGACAACAUUUUGCAAACACUUCACAGUGAGUAGUUUAACCGUUGUAUUUUUCUAAUUUUACCAAAUAUAUUAAAAUUAUUCAAAACCUAUUGUCAGUGUCCUAC